CACACCACACAUCUUAUUUGUUGUCUCUUUCCAUUCUCGCGUAAAGCGCGUAAUAGAGUGAGCAAUAGUAAAUAGUGCAAUAGCAAUAAUAAAAAUGAAAAAACUCACGCUUUUUUUCCAAACCGCAAUUCUAUCUAUCCCGAAAUUCCUAAAAUAGCCAGAAAUCUGUUCCAGAUCCCCAUUUACUGCGUUCCUCUAGGUAUAUUACGUCUUAUUAAAUUUUUCACGCUUCAUAUCACUGAGUGUUCUGAUGUAAAUAUACGAAUUUCAGCAAUAAUCAUGUUGUUGUCAUCCCCAGUCUCUAUUUGAAGCGAGGUUCAUACGGUGCUUUCCCAACAGAGUUGAUACUAGAAUUACCGACCGCGUUCCUCUGGUCUUUUCACUCUCGUUAUUUUUCAGUGCUACUUCGUCAAAUCUUGCGUACACUACAUAUAGCUAAUCGUUUUUUAUAAGAAAUUAUGUUUAUAAGAAUUAUAGGUUUUAACGAAUGUUCGACUUCAGCGUAGCUCCCGUUAAUUCAAACUUAGACAAAAAUGAGAUAUUAGUUCGAAUUAAAGUUUUUCUUCUGACUCUUGUAAGUUUCACUGAAAGAAAUUUCGUAUGUCGGUUUGACUUAACGUUGUUGACAGUUGUUAACGUUGUUCAACACUUGAUUGGCCAUUUGCCGAUCUCUAUGGAAAAUGCGUUAUCCAUAUUGCUGCAAAGGAAAGGACUGUCACUUGUGGGGAAGUAACUUUUGUUACGUGCAAGAAUCUAUUUAUUUUCUAACAUUUUUUCCACUUCUCUAGCCAUCCAUCGGACGCUUUAAAAUUUGCAAGAUUAAAACUUUUAGCAGAUUAAAAAGCUUUUUAUCGUAUUGCCAUCAAAGGAACAUUUUAGUUCCUUUGUAAAGAGAACCAGCUUUUUCGAAGUUUCUCGCUACAUUUCAUACUAGUAUUCAUUUUUCGAACAUUUAUUUUCUACUUAGCCACUAAAAAGCUCGAGUCAUCCGAAGAAGUUAACUUAAGGGUGACCAAAAAAUGGUUCGAGAAAACGAAUGUUCGAGUUAUCUGUGGUUUGAGUUAACGAGCUGUGUUUAUAAAGAAGUAUUAAGAAUUGUCAAAGGAACCGUAAAUAAUAGUUAUUAUCAAAAUAAUAUAAGAACGCAAAUACUUUAGAUAAACCUAUAAAAUAUACAUAAAUGUUUUUACAAUAAUAUUCUAAUAUUUUAUUCUUUACUUCAUAAAUUAAUAAAUAUAGUUUUAUUUGUUUAUUUACUUUUAGAUAUCGUGGAAAUUAUCCAAAACGAGAAUACAUUUGAGUUAAAAAGACUUCUCUCUAUCAAACCAAACAUCAUCCAUGUGAGGGGUGAAAAUAAUCCACUAUUGAUGUUGACGGCAUAUCACACCGACAAUUCAUCAAUGGUGGACAUUUUCAUCGAAUAUGGAUGUGAUGUUUGGGGGAUAAAUAAAUGCAACAUGAACGUUUAUCAUUUCGCAGCAGCGUGUAAUCGUCACAAAAUAUUAGACACGUUAUGUCGUCAUGAUGUAACAAACAUCAACCGUGGAGAUGAUACUAACUGGACACCAUUAUAUUGGGCUGCACGUUGUGGUAACAUCUCAUGUGUUAAUGUUUUGUUACGUCAUUAUAAUAUUGAUAUGGCGGUUAAAGAUAGAUGGGGACGAACUGCGUAUGAUAUGGCUGGAAGAUUUGAGAAUAAUAAACAAAAUGGUGACAAAAUAAGAAGAAUGAUUAAAGAUUACAAAAAAUGGAUGUGAAAUUUUUGGUUUUGUUUGUUUUCGUGCUGAUUGUUGCGACAGGUAUGUUCAUUUAACUAAAAUUUUGCAUAGGUUUGCACAAAUUUGCAAGCAGAAUUGUAGACAAAUUUCAUAUAUGGCAUAUAGUAUACUUUCUUCUUUUACAAAGCAAUAUAAAAUUUAAAAUCCCUUAAAUCUUAUGCAGUUGCUGAAGAAUUUGCCGGGGCGAAUAAAUGGCUUAAGAUAGUAAAAAUCGCAUUAUAAUACCCUUAUACGUCUGACGCAAAAUGUUAACUGCAGUAGCAAGACACCCAAAAUACGGUAAAUAAAAGA